AAUCAUGAUGACAGCUUGAGUUGGGCCGCCGCAGUUCUGGGUUGCUGUUGUGUUUUACGGAUCUCUUUCAGUUAUUUGACUCAUUAUUAUUUAAAACAAUUUCAGAUAUAAUAACAAAAGUGAAGAGAUCGCUUAAUACUACCUAUAAAUUGUUUAUAUUGCUGUAAACUCAGUGACUUUAAGACAUUUCAGUGACACUUUUGUAACUGAUAGUGCAAAUAGGCAAUGCAGUGUUCGCUAUCGAGUUGAUUUUGUUAGUAAAUUGUGAUUCAGUUACAGUAAGAUGGGGAAAUUAUUGAGUUUGUUGUCUCGGGACGACUCAAAUUGUUGUUCGUCGCCACGUUACGAUAUUUUUUUGGAUUUCGAGAAUGCCGCGCCCACGGACACUGAGCGCGCCGUGUAUGAGGAAGUUCAGAGGGUGCUUCUAGACUCUGAGAAAAUACUCGAAGAGAUACAAUGUUACAAAGGAGCUGGGAAAGAGAUACGGGAGGCUAUAGCGGACCCGUCUCGAAUAUCGCAGGAGCGAGCUUGGCGCGCCGUCAGACCGCUCGUUGACAAACUCUUGCGCUGUUACAACCACUCUAUUCAGCUGCAGCGGGUAGUCCCACGACUUUUGGGGUCACUAGUGGGUGGCGCGAUGAGUCCCACGCAGCACCUUGAGCAACAGCAAGCCCUAGUCAAGCAGUUCGCAGAAAUAUUAGAAUUUGUGCUCAAAUUCGAUGAAUACAAAAUGAAGACACCAGCUAUACAGAACGACUUUAGCUACUACAGACGAAGUGUUUCAAGAGGGGGUCUGAUCAACGCAGAGCUACCACCAGGGGAAGAACCGCACAUAACAGCAGAAGUGGCCAACAGAAUGUCCCUCUUCUACGCACAAGCCACGCCGAUGCUCAAAGUCCUUUCCGAAGCCACGAGCCAGUUUGUCAACGAAAAUCAACCAGAUUUGGAAAAUACGACGGAAACGCUCAGCACUAUGGCCAAAGUGUGCCUCAGGAUGUUGGAGAAUCCAAAACUCGUCGCCCAGUUCAGUCGCGAGGAGACUUCCUUACUGGUGCUACGCGUGAUGGUAGGUCUGAUCAUCCUGUACGACUGGGUCCACCCCUCCGGUGCCUUCUGCCGCUCCUCGUCAGUGGACGUGAAGGGCUGCGUUAAGUUCCUGCAACAACAGCCGCCGACGAAGGCAGAACCUCUCCUCAACGCACUUAGGUAUACGACGAAGCAUUUAAACCAUCAGUCGACGCCGAAGAAUAUCAGGACACUGCUGGCCGCGUGAGGACAGCACUCGAGCCUUGCAUGUUGCUGUGGGGAAUGAUGCGACAAUAAUUACCUGUGGGGAUACCUCGGCACGCCUUUAUUUUGCUCUUUAGCGAUACCUAGUUGACGGCAGAAUUACGCAAACAAUAUUAAUAGAUAAAACCCAAAACUAACGCUUUAAAAACUUUGUGAUUUGACUAAGAAAUGUUAAAUUACGCCCAAUUCUGGCGUCAACUGUACAUUGUAGUAACAUCUAUCUCUCAUCGUUCAUUGUCCGAACAUAAAAUGACCACUGACCAUAAUGUAACGAAACUAGUAAUUUAUAAGUAAGGUAAUAAAUAAUAAGUCAUUAAAUAAUUCCUGAAAGAAAUAAUAAUAAUCAUAUUAGGAUAUGGCCCUGUGUCAUUCGGAUGAGAGAAUAUAACGUGUCGCCUUACAUUUUUAUUAUUUUCGUUACCAAAUUCCUACAGGUGAACAAAAUGUGUACUAAUAACCUGUAAUUUAUUAUUUACUCAAUUAAAUUAACAUUAUUUUAUUUUGGAUGUAUUUCAAAAAUGAAUUUUGUAUGAAGGAAUGGAUAUAUGUACUCAAAAUUAUAUUUUUCUUACUUUCAUAGUUAGCAUGCUUGAAAAGCAAGUUUUUAAGAAGUAUAUUAUAUUGAGAAGCUAUCCCUACACUCCCACAUUCGUGCAAGGUUUCAUUAGAAUCGUCUCAACACAAGUUUAGCUGUCAGUCGCAACUCGUAAUUAGCUCUUAACUAUGAUAGGAAAGCUUAGACACCUCUAAUGGGUAACGUUAUUGAAAAGGAAGUAUUAUUUACAAUUUAUUCUACUAUAUAUAAAACAGCCUUGGAUCAUAUUGAUUGGUUACCAUGUACCUACUUUACACACAAAUAUGAAUUGUUAUUGUUUAAAUGAGCGUUAAGUGAUUUCUCCUUAGUAAGUUACAUCCUAAGCAUCGCCGAAUCAUGAAAACAAUUAUUCUAUAUUCAUUUUGAAGUUUGAGUAAAAAUAUUAGAUAAUUGAUUAAAUACUUAGUGAUUCUUAGAUGAAAAGGAUAUUAUGACUAUGUUGUGCUCAUGAAACGAUUGACCCAGUGUCGAAUGGUAUUAGAUAUUGUAAAAUUUUAUAUACUUAGCACAAAUUUUAUUGUUAAGCACAUCCCUACCGGGAAGUCAGUAUGUGUAAGAGAUUCGGUUCCAAAGAUUUAUUACAAACGUUAAUUACUACUUGUUUCGCUCAUAACAUUAAUUCGCGUUUUUUUUUUAAAGACUGAUAUAGACACUCGCGAAUAUUUUAUUGCAUUUCUCUUUCAUACAGUUCAAUUUCUUUCAAAUAAGAAUUCAGAAAUGUAUAUUUCAUGGAACUAUGCCUUAUUGGAUAGGAGGAAAGGCGUACCUAUAGCGAAUAUGAGUAAUUUCAAAGCCUUUUCUAAAAUUAUUAUAAAGUGUUAAGUAUGUCGUGUUAACAAUGUUGAAUUUAUGCAUGUACCACUGCCUUGAUGUUAACUAACAUAAUAAUUUUAAAUUGAAUUUAUAGGUAAUGUAAUAUGUUUCACUAUUGAUGUAUAAACUCAAUUGUAAGUCUAAUUAUUAAGCAUGUACUGUUUAUUUACAAGUAAUACAAGUUUAUAAGUAUUUACAUCAUUCCCCAGUUCCGUGUAACUGUGGCUAGACGAAGCGUUUCGAUGAGAUAAUAUACUAUAUUUUUUAAUUAUAUUAAAAGCCGCUGAUUACGCUCAAAAUCGAUUUGCAUGUUGAUUUUAUUAUUCGUAAUAGGAUCUCGAUUUUAUCGAUCAGAUUGAAAUUCGUGUUUCAGUCAACAGUGAGAUAUAGCACAAACAUUUACUGAUGGCGAUGAUAAUAAUGUUACACAUACCAAUCACCAUGCAGAUCCUUAGGUACCUAUUAGAAUCCAAAAAACAAAAAAAAACACUUUCAUAUUACAUAGUUGAAUAAAAACACAAAUCUGACGAUAGGACGCCUGGUGUACGGCAGGCCUUAGUGUUAAGUUUGCAAAUGAUAAUAAUUUUGUUAACCCUUUCACUAUUUAUACGUAUUGAUAACAUAGCGUCGGUAUAUCACUAAGCACAAACACUUGUCUUACGUGUAUAGUAUGUUAGACUUAUUAUAAUUAACUUAGGAAGGUUAGUUACAUUACUUGCACAGUCAGCACAACACUCUAUUAUAGUUAUUAUAUUAAUAUAGUAUCCUUGUUGAAUAUUAUCACGUAAUUGCGACUGUUGCUUGCAAGAAGUAGGAUCGACUCAGACGUGCACUCCGAAUUGCAUUUACUGUGAGGAAUUGAAGGAUUGAAUAAAUAAUAUCGUUCAAUAAACACUGCCCAAGUAAGAAAAUUUUAUACAAUAUUUUUUUAAUAAACGAUAAGUUUUCUAAAAUUAUUCCAAGAUAUAAUAAUUCCAAUUACUCCAUGUUGAGUCUAAGCAUACUUUGAGCAAAAUUAGUAGUGUCUAGUUGGGCAAAACUAAAAGUAUUGAAUGCUUAUGAUUGUAGAAGAUAAAAUUAUAGAAAGGGCCUCUCGUAGGGUCACUAUGAAUGUUUGUGAGUAGUCAAAAGAAGCUGUAAUAAUAAUAUUUACUUUUAAAACAAUUAUUUACUUGCAUUAUUUACUCAGAAAUUAUUACUGGCAUUUGUUAAUACUUUAGCUAAAUCUUUAGUAAAUUCUUCUAGUAAAAGUUACUAAAUGAAAUACAUAAUAUGUACUAGUUAUGAAAAUUGUUGUAUGUAUUAUUUUAACUGCAACAUUUUGUUAUUGUUUAAGGUGGUUUUGUAUGAUAGACCUAUUUUUCUUAGUUAUCAUUUAUUUAUUGUAUAUAAUAAACACACCAAAGUUAUAAGUAAUGAAUAAACUUGGAUAGAUUCUUGUAAA